AUGGCUCGCUACGCAUUCGCAUUCGCUGCUCUUGCAGCAAGCGGUGCUUACGCCGCCCAGGGCGCGGCUUACGCACAGUGUGGUGGACAAGGCUGGACCGGGGCCACCGCAUGUGUAUCUGGCUACCACUGUGAGGUCCAGAACGACUGGUACUCUCAAUGUGUGCCUGGCGCUGGUGCCGGAGCGGCAGCCCCUGCUGCUCCUAAGACUACUAUGGUCACUAUGGCACGAACUUCAGCCGCUGCUACCAAGGCAACCGCCACCAAGACCUCGACCAAAGCAGCAGCUGCCGCAACCAGCAAGGCCGCUGUUGUGGCUGCUGCCCCCAGCUCGUCAAACGGAAAGACUCAGUACGCUGGUAUGAACAUUGCUGGUUUCGAUUUCGGAUGCGACACAUCUGGGUCCUGCAGCGGAGCCUACGUCGACCCCGGUUCCAACGGACUUGCUCAGAUGCAGCAUUUCUCCAAGGAUGACAAGUUCAACAUCUUCCGUCUGCCCAUUGGCUGGCAACAUCUCACUGCCAACAAGCUCGGCGGUGCCCUUGAUGCCACGGUCGCUGGAGCCUACGACAAGCUGGUUCAAGGCUGCUUGGCCACCGGCGCCGUCUGCCUCAUCGACCUCCACAACUACGCCCGCUGGAACGGCCAAAUCAUCGGACAAGGCGGCCCAACCAACGACCAAUUCGCUGACGUAUGGUCCAAGAUCGCAACCAAGUACGCAUCGGAGAAGAACAUCGCCUUCGGUCUGAUGAACGAGCCCCAUGACCUCACAAUGUCCACCUGGGCCGACUCUGCCCAGGCCGCCGUAAACGCCAUCCGCAAGGCCGGUGCCAAGUCACAAAUGAUCCUCGUCCCCGGAACGGACUACACAUCCGCGGGUACCUUCCCCACCGCCAGCGGCCCCUCUCUCCUCAAGGUCAAGGACACCGACGGCACGACCGACAAGAUCAUCUUCGACGUGCACCGCUACCUCGACAGCGACAACUCUGGUACCCACGCUGAGUGCACCAGCGACCACGUUGAGGACUCUUUCGUUCCCCUUGCUACCUGGCUUCGCAGCAACAAGCGUCAGGCUAUCUUGUCUGAGGUUGGUGGUGGUAACACUGCUUCGUGUGAGACGGAUGUUUGCGCUGCCAUUGCUAGCUUGAACAAGAACAGUGAUGUUUACCUUGGUUACAUCGGCUGGUCUGCGGGUGCUUUUGACCAGAGCUACGUGCUUGGAUUGACACCUAACGGUUCGACUGACCAGGCACUUGUUACUAAGUGCUUCAGCCGCGCUUAG